AUGGUGCAUAGUGCUUGUGGAUCUACUGAAAAGGUUUACUCUCAUUUGGAGAUCGAGAAGCACAACCGCAUCGAUGAUCUUUGGGUUAUUGUUGAUGGGAUCGUGUACGAUGUUACAACUUUCCACUUGGAGCAUCCUGGUGGUAAAACAGUAAUUCGAGACUAUGCAGGCCAAGAUGCAACGGAAGCAUUUGAGGAUAUCGGCCACUCGUCAGACGCUCGAGAGCGGCUGAAGAGUUUUGCAAUUGGAAGGCUAGAAUCAGCAAGCCCAAAGAAACGAAACUUGGGCCUUUAUUACGGUCUUUGUGCUGCGGUCUCGAUGUUCCUGUUGGCAUAUGCCACUCACCGGUUUUUAAGGUAG